AUGAACUCGACUGGAAUUAGAACUCCGUUCAUUUUUCAUAUCUAUCUAUCUAUCUAUCUAUCUAUCUAUCUAUCUAUCUAUCUAUCUGUCUAUCUAUCUAUCUAUCUAUCAUCUUUUUAUAUCUAUCUAUCUAUCUAUCUAUCUAUCUAUCUAUCUAUCUAUUUCAGUCUGUUCAUAUCUAUCUAUCUAUCUAUCUAUCUAUCUAUCAGUCUGUCUCAGUCAUGUUCUUUCUUUCUUUCUCAGUCUUUUUAUAUCUAUCUAUCUAUCUAUCUAUCUAUCUAUCUAUCUAUCUAUCUAUUUCAGUCUGUUCAUAUCUAUCUAUCUAUCUAUCUAUCUAUCUAUCUAUCUGUCUCAGUCAUGUUCUUUCUUUCUUUCUUUAGUCUUUUAUAUCUAUCUAUCUAUCUAUCUAUCUAUCUAUCUAUCUAUCUCAGUCUGUUCAUAUCUAUCUAUCUUCCUAUCUAUCUAUCUAUCUAUUUCAGUCUGUUCAUAUCUAUCUAUCUAUCUAUCUAUCUAUCUAUCUAUCUCAGUCAUGUUCUUUCUUUCUUUCUUUCUCAGUCAUUUUCUAUCUAUCUAUCUAUCUAUCUAUUUCAGUCUGUUCAUAUCUAUCUAUCUAUCUAUCUAUCUCAGUCUGUUCAUAUCUAUCUAUCUAUCUAUCUAUCUAUCUCAGUCUGUUCAUAUCUAUCUAUCUAUCUAUCUCAGUCUGUUCAUAUCUAUCUAUCUAUCUAUCAGUCUGUCUCAGUCAUGUUCUUUCUUUUUUUCUCAGUCUUUUUCUAUCUAUCUAUCUCAGUCUGUUCAUAUCUAUCUAUCUAUCUAUUUCAGUCUGUUCAUAUCUAUCUAUCUAUCUAUCUAUCUAUCUAUCUAUCUAUCUCAUUCUGUUCAUAUCUAUCUAUCUAUCUAUCUAUCUAUCUAUCUAUCUAUCUGUUUAAUUCUGUUCAUAUCUAUCUAUCUAUCUAUCUAUCUAUCUAUCUAUCUAUCUAUCUCAUUCUGUUCAUAUCUAUCUAUCUAUCUAUCUAUCUAAUUCUGUUCAUAUCUAUCUAUCUAUCUAUCUAUCUAUCUAUCUAUCUAUCUAUCUAUCUAUCUCAGUCAUGUUCUUUCUUUCUUUCUCAGUCUUUUUAUAUCUAUCUAUCUAUUUCAGUCUGUUCAUAUCUAUCUAUCUAUCUAUCUAUCUAUCUAUCUAUCUAUCUAUCUAUUUCAGUCUGUUCAUAUCUAUCUAUCUAUCUAUCUAUCUAUCUAUCUAUCUAUCUAUCUCAGUCAUGUUCUUUCUUUCUCAGUCUUUUUAUAUCUAUCUAUCUAUCUAUCUAUCUAUCUAUCUAUCUAUCUAUUUCAGUCUGUUCAUAUCUAUCUUUCUAUCUAUCUAUCUAUUUCAGUCUGUUCAUAUCUAUCUAUCUAUCUAUCUAUCUAUCUAUCUAUCUAUCUAUCUAUCUAUCAGUCUGUCUCAGUCAUGUUCUUUCUUUCUUUCUCAGUCUUUUUAUAUCUAUCUAUCUAUCUAUCUAUCUAUCUAUCUAUCUAUCUAUCUAUCUAUCUAUCUAUUUCAGUCUGUUCAUAUCUAUCUAUCUAUCUAUCUAUCUAUCUAUCUAUCUAUCUAUCUAUCUGUCUCAGUCAUGUUCUUUCUUUCUUUCUCAGUCUUUUUAUAUCUAUCUAUCUAUCUAUCUAUCUAUCUAUCUAUCUAUCUCAGUCAUGUUCUUUCUUUUCUUUCUCAGUCUUUUUAUAUCUAUCUAUCUAUCUAUCUAUCUAUCUAUCUAUCUAUCUAUUUCAGUCUGUUCAUAUCUAUCUAUCUAUCUAUCUAUCUAUCUAUCUAUCUGUCUCAGUCAUGUUCUUUCUUUCUUUCUCAGUCUUUUUAUAUCUUAUCUAUCUAUCUAUCUAUCUAUCUCAGUCAUGUUCUUUCUUUCUUUCUCAGUCUUUUUAUAUCUAUCUAUCUAUCUAUCUAUCUAUCUAUCUAUCUAUCUAUUUCAGUCUGUUCAUAUCUAUCUAUCUAUCUAUCUAUCUAUCUAUCUGUCUCAGUCAUGUUCUUUCUUUCUUUCUCAGUCUUUUUAUAUCUAUCUAUCUAUCUAUCUAUCUAUCUAUCUAUCUCAGUCAUGUUCUUUCUUUCUUUCUCAGUCUUUUUAUAUCUAUCUAUCUAUCUAUCUAUCUAUCUAUCUAUCUAUCUAUCUCAGUCAUGUUCUUUCUUUCUUUCUCAGUCUUUUUAUAUCUAUCUAUCUAUGGAUAGAAACAUAA